AUGGUUGAAUCCUCUGAAUUGAAAUUUCGAGCGUUUAAGAGUGAUCGCGACAUAAUUUCUGAUAGUGGAGCGCAUGUUGUUUACAUGCUCAGCUUAGCUGUUGCCCAUGCUUAUCGAAGGCUGGGUUUAGCGUCACGUCUUCUUCGACAUCUACUCGAUUCGGUUGUCGAUAAUCCACCCUUCCCAAAAGCUGUCUUUUUGCACGUACUUUCGACAAACACUGCUGCCAUCCAAUUUUAUAAGUCAAAUGGUUUUGUACAUCAUACCACUUUAUUAAAUUACUAUCGCCUUAAGUCAGAAUAUGGAGACGGCUGCACGUAUGUUCUAUACACGAAUGGUUCGCGCCCACCGUUUUCAUUGAACGACAUUUGUCGAUAUGUCGCAACUGCUCUCUGUUUCCCAGUCAAAGCUCUCUGUCGCACACUAUUUUACUGA